GUUGUGGGACCCGGCAAAGGACUAAUGACAGCAUGGCCAACUGACUUUUGAAGACCCCACAAACCACAUGCAAAAAAGCCCCCCCAUUUUUAUAUAAUUUGCAUCCCCAUCCCUUUGCAUUUUCUUUUCUUUCUUCUCCACCUAUUUCAAAACACCUGUGCAUCUCAUUCAACUUGACUUUACGUAUAUAUACAUAUUAUAUAUAUCUCUUCUUACAAACCACAACUCAACUCACUGUGUAAGAUAUUAUUCAGCCUCAUUCAGUAGCUGCUUUGUAUAUAUAUAUAUAUACAUACACACACAUAUAUAUAAAACACACACACACACACACACACACAAACAUGGAAGGUGGUCUUGAGUUAGACGACGACGUUUUCUUUAAAGACUUAAGCAAACAAAUCUCUCUCCUAAUUAUGGAUGACGAUGAACCUGCUGACUCACUUGUUCAUCCUCCAUCUCUAAAUCUACAGGGUUAUAAUAAUCAAGUUAUUAAUCCGGCAAGACAAGAAGCAUCCUCGUUCGUUAGUUACGAUAAUCAUAAUCAUAAUCAGAAUCAGACGAGGAAGCGGGAUCAGAGCAAAGGGACCGGAGUUUUUAUCCCGCGUUCUUCAUCAAAUCCGAGGCGGAAAAAUGUUAAUAAGCAAGGAAGAUUUAAUAAGCCUCAGAUUAGUAGGGCUGAUCAUAAUAAUACCCAAUAUAUGGGUUAUAAUAAUAUUAAUAAUAAUAGUAAUUAUUACAAUAAUAUUAAUCUGUCACAUGAUGAUAAUUCAUUUAACCUUAGAAGAUUUUGAUUAUCAUAUUAAUUAAUUUGCCAUGAAAAAAAUUUCUGCUGUGAAUAAAUUAAACCUAAUAAAAAGAAGGCAGGUGUGUAUUUUUUAUUUUAUUUUUUAGUUUUUAAGUGUCGGUAGCAUCUCUUGUAAUAAUUUGAUGUAUUAUAUGGAUUGUUUUUAUUAAUUAGGGUCU